AUUAUGCUGAUUAAAUCAGAGAAGAACCCUGUAAUGUCUCCAUCCGUCCUCCGUUCGCUGCUUGUGCUGCUCUCGCUGCUGAUCACCGCGAGUGCGGGUGAAAUCUAUAGCGCUGAGACGACGUCGCUUGUCCCCGACGAGGUGGACAGCGGGCCGUUCGCUAAGCUCCACGCUAAACACGCUCGCAUGCUCGUGCACGAGAAUGUAUGGGCGAUCAUGGCCACCACGUCCGUCACGUUCGGAGGAUCAGCGUUCGCAAAUGUCGUUUCCUACAGUGAUGGUGUUGGGCUAGCCAAGGAGGACGCAACUGGAACAUUGUUCUUCUACCUGUCAGCCGAUGACUUCACAGCGAUGGACUUGAAGGCGAAUCCGAACGCGACCGUGGCACUGUCAAAAGCCCAAGGGGGAGCGAAAUCUUGCCUCAUGGACGCCGAAGACCCAACGUGCUGGCGACUCUCGAUGACAGGGAGAGUUGUUCCAGUUAAGGAGAACCAACGGAACUACGCCGAGCGUGCUGUCUUCUCCAAACACCCGCAGAUGAAACACUGGCCGAAGCGCCAUGACUUUAGCUUCUACGUGAUGGAGAUCGAGCACAUUGUGUUCUUGGACUUCUAUGGCCCUGCACAGCACAUCCCAGUCGGUGACUACUACAAGAUCAAGCUGUAAAUCAGAGAGGUAUUGUCGACAUUCACAGCUGCACUCAAGAAAUUUACUACUGCACUAGGGUAACGUCAUUUGAUAAGACAACUGGAUAUCGCGAUCCCAGACGCCGCUUAGUCUACGUUUUGUAGACCAAUACAAUGUACUGUUGUCAAAUCACGCGACGAAAGAAGAAUGAAAAGCAUUUUUAAGAUCAUAGGAUGGAUACAGUGUGCUGCUCUGA